AUGUACACCAUCGACAGCACCUAUUACCCCCCGUAUGUGGGCCUUUUUCUCCUCAUUUUCAGUUUCUGUGUAUAUGCGGUCAUUCAAGUCUUGAAACCUGUCGACUUGAAACGCUCGAGCGGGAAAAGGAGAUGGUCUAUGCCACCGGGGCCACCAGGAGCUCCGGUCCUGGGAAACUUGCCACAGAUGAUGAAAGCGCGCCGCGGAGGAGCCCUGUCGUUUAACGAAUGGCUUGCCUCCCUGAUACCAUAUGGCGAAAUGGUGACAGUUCACAUGGGCUCCAAGACAUGGAUCGUGCUCAACUCGGACCGCGUCGUCUCGGAACUCAUUGCCAAGCGCGGUAGAAUCACCAACGAAAGACCACAUAUGCCCAUCGCGAGCGAUCUCGUCAGCAAUGGAAAGCGCACGGUGAUCCGCCAGGAAGAAGAAUGGCGGGAGGGGCGCCGAGUGAUGCAUCAUUUGCUCAGCGGCUCGAAUCUCAAGGUCUAUGCCGGCAUGCAGGAGCUCGAGAGCGUCGACAUGCUGCGCCGGUACCUUCGGGAGCCCAAGCUAUGGUAUUCUCACCACUUCCGCUAUGCGACCUCGGUGCUCUACAGGAUCGUGAUGGGCUACCCCCUGCACAAGAGCAAGGCGGAGCUCGACGCCUACCAGAGGGUGACGAUGGAAUUCGUGUCGUCCAUCAACCAGAGCUACGUGGACUUUUUCCCUUGUUUCAGCAAGCUCCCCCAUGUGCUGCAGCCGUGGCGAAGCUACUGGAUGCAGAUGGGCGCGUUUCACCGCCGUGUCUUCCAACAAUGGUGGCAGCCCAUCAGCGCCGCCGUGCGCGACGGCUCGGCGCCUCCGUCCUUCGUUCGCGACGUCCUGCUCCAUCCAGACAUGAGGUACGCUGGAGGCGAUGAGGAGGCCAUGUAUCUGGCGACCUCUGUCAUGGCAGCCGGAGGCGACAACACGCGCAUGACCAUGAAUGUGUUUAUCAUGGCCAUGGUCGCGAACCCUGAAGCGCAGGCACGGGCACGUGCAGAAGUCGAUCGAGUAUGCACAACAAAGGGCGACGACUCGCUCAGGCUUCCUCGCAUGUCGGACAUGUCCGAAAUGCCCUACGUGGCGGCCAUGAUCAAAGAGGUUCUGCGUUGGCGGCCCACCGUCCCUCUCGUUCCCCCACAUCAACUCACCGAGAACCUGGAGUUUGACGGGAAUUUCAUCCCAGCCGGCACAUGCCUCCUGAUCAACUCCAUUGCGCUCUCCAAGGAGUUUGAGGAUGCAAACAAGUUCAAGCCGGAGAGAUGGAUUCAAGGACCGCCAGGGUCGGGCAAGACAAUACCGAAUUUCUGGGGAUUCGGGGGCGGGCGUCGAGUCUGCGUCGGCUCCAAGGUGGCAGAGCAAGCUCUGUUCAUCAUCUUUGCCCGCUUACUCUACUGCUUCGAGUUGAUUCCGGAUGGGCCUAUCGACGACGAAAAACUCAAUCACCAGAGUCUGGACGAGCCGUUUCCCGUCAGGGCCACUGUACGCAGUGCUGACCAUGCGGCACUGAUUGAGGGUGAGGCCGCAAAGUACGAGGCUUCCUUCUCUACAUUCGCUACAAAGUAG